AUGACCAAUGCAGGAGUUAACAUUGAUUAUAAAUCGAUAGCAGAUGAUGUAGAUUCAUGGCAUAACAAUGAGAACUUUUUUAAAGUGCGUACUCCUAAUCAAUUGAUUCAAAUUCUUGAUCUUUGCAAACUUCCUACAAAAUAUUUCGUUGAUAUCUUCGAUAAUAUUCAUAAACUUAAUAGCGAAUAUAGCAAUGAUGAUGAAAACGAAAUUCUUAAGCAUUCAUCAAUUAAAGAACCAGAAAAUUUUGAUUUAUGUUUUGAAGUUUUAAAACGAAUUUCAAAUAUCAUCAAAAUACACCCUCUUACAGUUACCGUUGAUACAAUAAGCAAACAAAAAGCUAAAUUCAUCUCAGAUAUCGAAAAUAAUCUCAAAAAACACUUAGAACACAAAUACAAACAACAAAUUAUAGAUUUGAAGAAGCAAAUUGAAAAUUUAAUGCAUCAAAAUUUGAAUCUGAAACGAGAAAUUAGUGAUCAAAAUGAAAAAAAUUCAUCAGAAAUUCACGAACUUUUACAGAGACUCGAACAAUAUCAAAACCAAAUACAAGAUCUUGAACAUCAAAACAAUGAGUUUCAAAGCAUUAUCAUAAAGAAAACCACCGAAAUUAAAGAAAUCCAACAUAACUUUCGGAGAAAGGACAAAAUGAUGAAAGACCAAUUAUUAAAGUUCGAAGAAAAUAUAAAACAAUUCGAAGACAAGAUGAAAAAAGAAAAAGAAGAUUUAAUUUCUCAACAUAACAAAGAAAUUGAAGAAAUCAAAUCCAAAAACAUGGAAACAACAAAGAAAAUGCUUACUAAAUACAAAGCAAAGCUAGAAAAGGAUUUUGAAGAAAAAACAAAAGCUAAUAAUUUAAAUAUUUUGAAAUCAUUUGAAAAACUAACCGAAACUAUUAUCAAGAAUCAUAAUGAAGAGAUAGAACAAAUGAGAGCUGAAUUACAACAGAAGAUCGAUAUCAAAGCACAAAAACAUACAAAAGAAAAUGAAGAAAUUCAAAAUCUUAAAAAAUUGAUAGAAGGAAAAAAUAGUUCUUCAAAUAAACCAAGAAGAUUAAGGAGAUCCCAUAGAAGUAGACCGGUUUCUGGAGCACAAAGCUUAAUAGAAGGUGAGUUACCACCUGAGAAUUCAUCUGUUAUUAUGGAAAGUCAAUCAAUUCUUACAACUGAGGGAAAUUCAAUGAUAGAAUUGCCGUUCGAACAUUUGGAUCCAAUCCCUCCUUCACCAGCUGGAAAGGUACGUAGAAAAGUCAGAAGUCCCAAACAAUAG